ACCCAAUCCUUGCUACCUUCCCAUUCUGAUAACGAUAAAGCUGUGGAACAGGGGUUAUUCUGCUAUCGUAAAGUGACAAUUCGGCUUCAGGUUCCUGAAAGACUUCCUGUGCGAAUCUUGAACAACUACUUCUGUACUGCUGCACUUACCUCUUCUGUUGAUUUUCCAUUAGAUGAGCAGCCAAGCAAUGUUUCAACUAAAACACCUUGCUCUACGAAUUGGCUGUCCUUCCUAUCAACAUCCAGAUCACAUCUGUCUACCAAAUCAACCUUUUUUUCCUCGGGAUCUUGUUGGAACAACGGAGAGAAGCUUGAUGCGAUUCCGCAAUCAUCGUCUAUUAGCACCAUAUCGCUGUCCUCCUCUUUGGUCCUUUUCUCCGGAGGAUGAUCAUUCCACUUUUGAGGCUUAGGCGGAUUCAUCGGACCUGGUAAAACAUCUUGGAUGUCGUUGGUUUCUUCUUCUUCAUCCAACCGAUUCACAGAAUCCGGUCGAACGCGUUUGAGCGAUUCACUGACAAAGUCAUCCCCGCAUUGAGAAAUCAUGGUCAGUGCAUCCGCGACAGUUUUCACGCUGUUAAUGAAGGAUGUCUCUUCCGGAGGACAGUUUUCUUCUUUCUGGCCUUCGAAACGUUUUUCAAAUGGAGAGCAAGCCGUGCAGAUAUAGUGUACAAUAGGGGAGGUCCCAACAGCUGUCAGACUCACACAUCGCCUCGAAUCCGAUAUUUUCGCUCCACAAGAGGGACAAAAGCGAAAUAGCUCUAGUAGCUGUUUUCCUUUUAUGACAAAAGGUUGAUCAAGCAGCUUGGGGUCUGUCUCAUUCAGUUCGGGAAAGGCUUGGGAAUCUGUUGACGAGUCACAUGGAGUUGUCAUUAACUCUAUUAAUGAAUUCUUGGACGAAGAUGACGGUUGGUUUUCAUCACAUUCAGCAGUUCCAUACAGAUCAUUGGUCGUUUGGGUCGUUUCCUUUGCUUUAGCAUUCUUAAUGCUGUCCACGGAGAAGCUACCAAGGGAGAAUUUCCCUUUUUGA